CUGAAAGAAGGCCCUGGAGUUCACUGUCUUAGAAAUGGUGACUGCUUAGAAAACUGCACAGCCCACCAACAGCUGAUGAAAUUAGCGAACAAGCAAAUCAACUAUGUCUUACACUCCAGGAAUUGGUGGUGACCCCGCCCAGCUGGCCCAGCUUAUCUCUUCCAACAUCCAGAAGAUCACACAAUGUUCUGCGGAAAUACAGAGGACUCUGAAUCAACUUGGAACACCUCAAGAUUCACCUGAAUUGAGGCAGCAGCUGCAACAGAAGCAGCAAUAUACGAACCAACUUGCCAAAGAAACAGACAAGUACAUUAAAGAGUUUGGAUCUCUGCCCACCACCCGUGACCAGCGUCAAAGGAAAAUACAGAAGGAUCGCUUAGUGGCGGAAUUCACCACAUCACUGACAAACUUCCAGAAGGCGCAGAGACAGGCUGGAGAGAAAGAGUUUGUCGCUCGAGUAAGAGCCAGUUCCAGAGUGUCUGGUGGUUUUCCUGAGGAGAGCUCAAAAGAAAGGAAUCUUGUGUCCUGGGAAAGCCAAACUCAGCCUCAGGUGCAGGUGCAGGAUGAAGAAAUUACAGAGGAUGACCUCCGCCUUAUUCAGGAGAGAGAGUCUUCUAUUAGGCAACUUGAAGCUGAUAUUAUGGAUAUUAAUGAAAUAUUUAAAGAUUUGGGAAUGAUGAUUCAUGAGCAAGGAGAUGUAAUAGAUAGCAUAGAAGCCAAUGUGGAAAAUGCUGAGGUGCACGUCCAGCAAGCAAACCAGCAGCUGUCAAGGGCCGCAGACUAUCAGCGCAAAUCCAGGAAAACCCUGUGCAUCAUCAUUUUUUUCCUUGUUAUCGGAGUUGUAAUUAUCGGUCUCAUCACAUGGGGAGUGAAAGGCUAAGAUUAUAAAGGAGCACACUAUUGCACUACAUUAUGUAAAUUAUGUAGGAAGAUUCCUUUAAUCAUGGUAGGUUUUUUUUUAUUGUUAUUACUUUAAAGCUGUUGCUU